GCCGCUCGGACGCCGUAUGCGAGUAGUGUGCACCGUGCUGGAGUAGAGACGGCGCAAGGAGGUCCAGGGUCCUGGGUGCCCACAGGGGCGCCUGGGGGUGAGGGCACUGAGGAAGCCCCCCUGGGAGCAGUGCAAGAGGGAGGAGGAGCGGCCACUGCAUCCCAAGCGGAAGCAGUGGCGGCUGCCGCCACAGCCGUGGGCAGCAGCAGCAGCAGUGCUGCCAGCUGCAGCGGCGUGAACGGAAUGGUUGCUGGCACCUCGUCUCAGCAUGUGGCCCUGGCUGAUCUUCCGACGGCCGACCAGCUCAAGGCAAUGGGCCUGUGUGACACGCUAAUCAUCCUGAGUGAUACUGGCCAGGGGGCCCAGCCUGUCAGCCUGGUUAGUUCCCUUGAGGCAGAAGGAGCUCAGCAAAGCACGUGCAGAAGUUUCUUCGACGCAAAUAAGGAACACUACUGUCACUGCCAUUGUCAUGACUACUCUGCCAUUGUCAUGACUACUCUGCAAUGCUUGCACAGAACUCGCAGCCUAUCCAGUGCCUGGAUGGCACGGCUGAGGCUGUGGCCCGAAGUGGGGCCAACCUUGUGCUGUGCCUGCCCGACGAAUCGCUCUCGCUGGAGGUCGGGACCUCUGUGCAGGAGGUGCCUGGCUGGACCUGGGUGCAGGACCCUACGUCUGCUGCAGCUGUUCGCCACUGGGGAAGCUGCAGCGCUGGUCAGGCAUAGUGCCCCCAUCGUGGUCUCUGGCACGCCCACGCUUGCCACUGCACCUGGCGGAGAAAUGCUGUUAGUGAUGGACUCCUCCCCUGUGGAGGACUCGGUGGGUCUGGCUGCCAAGAGCUGGUUCAAUGACUCCGUGAUAGCCACCCAAGCCCUGCUUACGCUCGAGGGACACAAGUGAUUUUGGCAUGUCAACAGUUUUUUUUUCUUUAAUUUUGAACGAAUGGGGUGAUGAGAUGGUACUUUGCUGCCACUCAAUGGGACUUCUGCUGGUGUGAUGAACUCCUCCUUGUGGCAUAAGUGUGCUACUUCUGGACUUUUUAGUGAGACACUGUAGUCCUCUAGAACAUACAGUGGAACUUUUUUGUAGUCAGUUUUGCAGGAUUUUCUUUUUCUUUCUGAAAUGCACUCAACAUAAGAGAGUGAAAACUAUGUGAAUACCAACAAUUAGGACACUAUUAGCUUUGUAGCAGGGCUUUAUUUAAAGGUCUUGAUGAACAUUGCUCUAGCCUGGGUUCCCUGAGCUGGUGCUCUUGCAGCAUUGCUAAAGAAUUGCAGCAAUUACAGUUGCAAGUGGGGCCAGAAGCCAGCGUUCACUGCUUUAGUGUCAAUCACAUCGAGCGGUAUUUCGUUAAAAGUGUGAGAAAAAUGUUUUUCAGAGCACUACUAGCAAAUUUCUGUGAGCCUAAAGGGAAGUUUUCUCCAUCAAGGUGCCACUGUACACAGUUGUGAUCCAGAAUGAGCCUGGUGUUGAUCAAACGAGUGCAGCUAUGUCUCUGCGCUUUUGGAGAAAACAAGUGAUAUAUUGUUUAUCUCGGCAUUGCUGCCACAGUGAAUGCUUCAUUGUUGUGUAAUUACAUGCUUAAGUUGCACAGUACUGUGAAGGCAUACAUCGGGCCUAGUUAAAGUACGUUUCAGCUCUUCAUUCAGUUGCUUUUAAUAAUAUUCCAGGUUGAGCAGGUGCAAAUAACAUUAAGUGGUGCAUCUUGCAUGGAUGUAGUCAUCAUUACUAAAGGUUGGCCCUCUGUGGCACCUCGAAUGGCAGCCUGUUGCAUACCUGCCAAGUCUCCCGGAUUUGGAUUAUUUCUUCCGGUUGUUCCGGUUGGUUCCGGAAAAUCUCCCGGAAAUUCCAGUUGUGUCCCAUUGCUAUCUGCGUUCAGCGCUUUGUCAUGGCCACACUGGCAAAAAGAAUCCAACCCAAUCUAGUAUGACGUUGAUCGUGCAAAACAUUGUUAGGGUGGCUAGCCACCCUAACAAUGUUUGGGCUGUUUCGUUAACCGUGGAGCCACUCCUUACGCUGGCGGUGUUGUUGGGUGCCUUAGUGGCCCUAGUCUCAUUAAGCUAGCGCGAAUGCCGCGUUCCGCAACUAGCAACAUUCGACUUUCCAUCGUUCUCCUCGGCGUCAGCCGCUCUGGCAUUGCGUAGGCCUGCGGUCAGUCAUGGCUUUAACAGCACGGAGCUCUAGCGCAAAAAGUAUCAAGUAUUUUUAAUGUAGUGCUUAGCUGAAGUGACGCUGGGUAUUUUGUUGAUACCACAGAGCAGUGCAGUGUGCGAGAGGAAAUAGAACAUCAGGAAAAAUACGAGGACGCAGUGCCGCUUGUCCAUGUGUCGCUCAUCUAAGACACUAGGAAACGUCAUCCUCGCAACAUGUGAAAGAAAUUAAAUUUCUUACAAUCAAACAUUAUCUGAAGAACUUUUGAACACCCGCCGUGGUUGAUUAGUGGCUUUGGCAUUGCACUGCUAAGCAUGCUAAGCGUGGGAUCAUAUCUCGGCUGCAGCGGCCGCAUCUGUUGGAGGGGAAAUGCAAAAACGCCUGUGUGCAGUCCUUUAGGUGCACGAACCUCAGGUGGUCGAAAUUAAUCGUCACUACGGCGUGCCUCGUAAUCGGAUGGUGGUUGCGGGACCCGAGAAUUCAAUUGGCAACAAUGAAAUGUGAAAUGCUUGUAAAAGUGAGGCCUUGAUGUUCAUGUGGUCAUAUCUGUAAAUAAAAUGAAAGUGAAGUUCUGUUAGUACUUGAAAAUAUAGACGUCGGGGGGGGGGGGGGGGGGUGGUUGUGUUGUAACCGUCUGCGGUUACUCCACAUCCAUCUUCCAACCCCCUGGAGAUCUUCCAACCCCCUGAUUGGAAGAUCUCCCAAAUUUAGUUUCGUCAAACUUGGCAGGUAUGCUAUUGUUAUUGGAGAGAUUUAGCGUGUCUCGUAUUCGGGUAAACGCAGGCGGACUGGGCGUUUUAUCAGAGGGGUGAAGGCAUAAACGUGAGUGGCCUGCCCGGUGCAGCCACCUAGUGGCGUAGAGCUCAACCAGACAAACACAGCUAAUAUUGCAGUAACCAAGUGUAUUCUACUUCGCUGCUGGUGUAAAUUUUCAGCAGCAACAUGAUUACGCCACUGCUGAAAAUUAAUAUUAGCUGUGUUUGUCUGGUUGAGGUCUGCACCACCAGGUGGCUGGGCACCGUGCAGGGCGUUCACGUCUACCCCGCCACCCCUCCAGUAAAACGCUUGACCCACCUGCGCUUACCCGAAUACCGGACAAGCUAAAACAGAUUUAUGGGCAGAGCAGGUUGCAUGAGUCGUUUGGUAAAAGUCUAGAGUUUUAGUUGUAGUAAGGUACUUCGCUGAACAGUGUUAUGCAAAGAUUCUUGUUCGGGCUGGUCACUUUUUUUGCCAGUUUUCUAUGAGGCUCUGCCCUCACUUUUACUCGACAGGCUUCCUCCAAGCUGUCUCUCAGAUGGUUGGAAGUUUUCUUGGUGAUAUUUUUAAGGCAAUUUGAUAUGUUGGUUUCUGUUCAAGUGCAUGACAUCAAGCAUUGGAGUUGCUUUGUAGACUGGCCUUACACUGUACAGGUGACCUAUUUAAUGACAUUGCCGUGCAAGAAAGCAGCUAGUUUGCCCUUCAAUCUUUUGAACACAACCUAACACAAGCUCCAUUGCUGGCCUUUACUGCAAAGUCAUUGUUAAAAUAUGGCCUUUAAAACAAUUUCAGCAGCUUGGUUGCUGUUGCUGCCAAUGCAAAAGCAUAUAACUGUUUGGUUUCUAGUGCCAGAGUGGCUAUGUGUAAUGCUUUCAGGCUUAUCUGUUUUGCAUUGCUAGCCAAGGACCAAAUCCUACCUAUGCUGCAAGGAAGCGUUUCUAUCAAAAUCAGUAAGUUUUUAUAUGUUGAACAAAUAGUAGCGACCAUGAUACUCUGCUAGGCAUUUCAGUCAACUUUGUGCCAGCCUUUGUGUGCAACCUUCAGGGUAGCUCAAACCAAAUGUGUGGAUUCUUGUGACAUUGAACUAGUGGGCCAGUAUCUGGCAGUGCACUGCACACUUUUCUACUGCGAUUACAGGCAGCCAACCACCCACAUUUUGCCAUGAAGAAAACUGCACCUACGCUCUUAAAGGUAGUUGCAGCAGACUUGGUCACUGGCCGAUCAAAGUAAGGUUAGCUGAAUUGCUAGUGUAAUUGCAGUGGCUGUGUUUUGUUAUUUUUUCUAUCUUUUUUUUUUGUGAGGUGUAAACGGCUCUUUUUCUUUUGACUUGUAUUUUAAGCCAUAUUUUCAUCUGUUAUGUUUUGCAGCCUUGUAUUUCGCUUUUGCAAUGCACUGUCUGCCCAGUUGAAAUUCUAUAUUAGAGUUAUAUACCUUUACAGCAUUUUUUUUUUGUGUGUGUGUGUGUGUGUGCACGCAGUUGCAGACAUAGGAGGAAAGGUGCAGCUCUCGGAGAAUGCUUCUUAAUGGUCGAGUCAUGUUGGAAUUCAUGACAUAAUUGUGCUUCACUGAGGACUGCAAGAGUGCUGUUCAAGUGUGGAGGAGGGAGCCAUUUUUGCUUUGCUUUGGCUGCUACUGAGCAGGAAUGUUUUGUUGCAGCAUAUAUGUUUGUACAGUGCACAGUAAGAUGUUACCGGACUUGCAGAUUCUAUGCAUGCUGUGAAAGAAUGUGACAGAUUUCACCUGCAGAGCAAUUCGUUCAAGAGUAAAGAGCAGAACACGUAUAGUACAUAUGAUGGCAUUGUGGUUUUUACACUCCGCAGCCCUGUUAGUUGGUAAAAUAGCAGGAAGAACUGUGAAGCAUAGAUUGCCUUUAUGUUGUUGCAGAAUUCCUGUACAUAAGAGGCACAGUCGACUUGCUUGUGCAUGUACAUAGUAUUUUCCUCAUAGAUUGAAUAAAGGAUCCAC